AUGCACACCGGGACUGAUCAGGACGAGAUUUUGAAUCUCACCGAACGGCUGGGCAACGUCACCGUCAUCUCCCACGGGGCUCCGGAUACUAUACUUCAUUCUAUACAAUCAGGCCACCAGCUGCUUCCACUGCCGAUCGGCCUGCUGUGGUCCCCUCGUGGGCCCUUCUUGACACCGAGGCCACCGCCCCUUCUCAGGUCACUGCUCUGGCUUCGCAGCUCCGCUCUGCUGUCAACGGCCACGGGCCACGGGCCGAACGGACGCAUUCGGAUCGCUUACGCGACUGGUCGCGAGGCCGCUGCAAAGGUUCGCGGGGACAGUGGUUACUUCAGUAGUCGUCAAGCCGGUGGCCGCAAGGUGGUGUACGUGGUUCUCUUCGGCAGUGCUGUUUCGGAACCUUUUAUCACUUGUGGCCUUGGGUAUUAUUAUCUUCGGAUUGUGAAGAACCAGCCUGUGGGGCCUAGGUGGCUUGCCUCGCCGCUUGCCGUGAUGUCUGGGCCCUCGCGGCCCGAGUACCUUGGAGCAUGGAGGACCCAGGAGGCUUCGGCCGGUCAGUUCGCUGGGGUUUUCGGUCCAUGGACUGCCGUUCCAGUGCGAGCAGUCUCUGUUGCCGGCCGCGAGCUAGUGAAGACAGUGCCUUGCCUUCUGGUCGACAUCGCCAGUGCCGGUAUCGACUUUCUUGUCGAGGUUCUUCCCUCGGAAGCGGAGUUAGCUGGCGAGAGUGCAGAACGACUGGAAGGCCGCCGGCUCGGAUCCUGCCCCGAGGGCAUGCAGUCGCGGCUCACCACCUUAGAGACUCCGUGGAGCGACGGCUGCACACUCUGGAGUCACAGCGGUCUCCAGCCCCAGAUCCAGCUGGCGCCAGAUCAGAACUACCGGCGUGGGACUUACCCGGCCCGAGUGCAGCUGGCCGCUGGCCUGGCACGAGAGGCCGAGGCCGUCCCCGCACCGGGGCGGGUGCAAGCGGCGAAUGCACCUCCUGGGCUCGGGAACCUCUUCGAAAAACGGGUCAAAGUUCCCAGGGGCAUGGCGCGCAGGAAGACUUCUGCUACGCAGCUCGAGGUAGCGAACGAACAGGGCUCGACCAGACUGGACCAGACUGGCUUGGUCCCUCACGGGGCUCUAGAUCCGCGAUGGGACGUGGAACAGAUCCAGGACCGGACCUUCAGGAGCCAGCAGCCACCCGGCAGCAGUCAAGGCACCGGCCAGGGGGGCGACGAACCAAAGGGCAAGGGCCACAGACGGUGCCCGAAAGACGGCACCGGCCAAUCGGCCAACGCUCAGGCAUGA